UGUCCGUGUGGAUUAGCUGGAAGCUGGGAGCUCCGGUCAAUGACCUGCUCGCACUCUGUCCUCAGGCACUGCAUGGAAACCUUCAGAGUCUCACCCUGGCAAAGGAGCUUCUGUUUGCUUUGUGGCAGCCGGGAGUGGCUCUCUGGCACACGGGGGUGCCUUUUGGGUUGGCCGAUGUCCCCGUGAGUUUCUAAGGGAGAAGUAGAAGGAACAGGUGAAGAUGGGGUCCAAGCCGGAGAGCUACGUCAAGGAGUUCACCCGACACUCCACGGACAUGAUGCUCAACCUGAACGAGAUGAGGAAACGGGAAAUCCUCACAGAUGUCAAGGUCUUCGUGGAUGGGGAGGAGUUCAAAGCCCACAAGGCUGUACUCAUCGCUUGUAGCGGGUUCUUCUACUCGAUCUUCUCUGACCAGACCAAGAGGCACAUGAGCCUGCUGACGCUGCCGUGUGGGAUCAGCGCCGGCGGCUUCCGCCUGCUGCUGGAAUUCAUGUACACCUCCUGCCUCCCCCUCGACGCAGGCUCCGUGUCGGAGGUCCUGACGGCCGCCAGCUACUUACAGAUGGACCACGUGGCUGAGGCCUGUCGCAGCUUUGCCCGUUUCAGUGUUCCGCACAUCCACACCUACCUGAAGUCUCUGGACUAUCCCCUGGGCAGGACCCUGGCCUGCUUUCUGGGCACCGACAGCGGCGCCCUCCCCUUCAUCCCGUCCAGGGCCCUCGUUCCAAGCCGCGCUCCGCGCCUGCUGACCAGCGUGGCCCCGGGGGACCGGGGUUACUUCCCCGAGUCUGCCUUCCGCUUCCCCGAUGGGUGUGUGGCUCCGCGCAAGGCUGCCGGCGGGAAGGCCGGCUGGAGGGCGGGGCCGGACCCCCGCGCGGGCAGCGGCGAUCCCGACCCGUGCCCCGAGGCCCGACCGCCGAAGGGCGGGAAGCCGCCGGAGGGGAAGGCCCCCGCCGAGAGGCCCGGGGCCUACUGCGGCCAGAAGAGCGGCAAACCCCCCAUCCUGGCCCCCGACAGCCCCAUGCGCUCCGACUGCCGGCCCAACUCCCCCACCGAGUCCCAGAGCGCGGUGCUGGACUGCAGCAGCAGCAGCCGCCGCCCCACCCCCGCCGAGAAGCCCUCCGCCCCCCACCCGGGCCCUGACCCCAAGGCCUGUAACUGGAAGAAGUACAAGUUCAUCGUCCUCAACUCCCUGAGCCAAGCGGUGAAGGAGCAGGGGACCUCGGGCUCCUGCUCCCCUCCGACCCUGUCCUGCUCCCCCGAGCCCCCCUACACCCGCAACGGUAACCCAGCCCCAGGUGGCGGAAGCAGCAGCAGCGGCGACGAGAGCUCAACCAACAUGGAGGAGGAGACGGAGGACGAGGACUCGACUCGCAACAAGGCAGCCAGCCGGUCGUCGUCAGAUUCCCAGGACUCUCGCGGGUAUUCUGUCUGCUCGGUGUGCGAGCUGCACUUUGAGCACAACUCCGAGCUCUGCCACCACAUCCUGGUCUCCCACCCCGGGGAGGAAAUCCCGGAAUAUCAUUUGGAAUUCUCGGACAGCGGUUCAGAGAACGGCCUCUUCUCCUGCAGCACCUGCGACCUGAAGCUCUCGGACGAGGAAUCACUACAGCGGCACUUCCUGCGGGUCCACAGCGAUGACAAGCCUUACAAGUGCGACAUGUGCCAGGCUGCCUUCCGAUACAAGGGGAACCUCGCCAGCCACAAGACCGUUCACACAGGGGAGAAGCCCUAUCGCUGCAACGUGUGCGGGGCUCAGUUCAACCGGCCGGCCAAUCUCAAGACGCACACUCGCAUUCACUCUGGGGAGAAACCGUACAAGUGUGAGACGUGCGGAGCAAGGUUUGUGCAGGUCGCUCACCUUCGGGCUCAUGUCCUGAUCCACACGGGGGAGAAGCCAUAUCCCUGUGAAACGUGUGGGACACGUUUCCGACACCUUCAGACGCUGAAGAGUCACAUUCGGAUUCACACUGGAGAGAAGCCGUAUCAUUGUGAAAAGUGCGACUUGCAUUUCAGACACAAGAGUCAGCUGCGUUUGCACCUGAGGCAGAAGCAUGGCGCUAUCACCAACACUAAGAUGCGUUAUAAGAUUGUCCCUGAGCUGUACAUGAACGGGCUGCAGCCCUGCUAGGCUGGGGGAGGGGGCACUCAGUCAUCCUGGGCUACAACGCACUUGGCAACAGCAGAAAGGGACAAUUUGUAUUUUUUUCCCAACUCGACAUUGUUUGUUGCCCAGACGGUUUCCAACAAGACGCCAUGGUUACCCACCGGAGGGAGCGGAAUCUCGCCGCCUUGGCUUCGGUUCCCGGCGCGCUGGGACGAGAGAGGAUUCUCGGCAUUCAGCUCUGCUCACUCUCCUUCAGGAGAGCUCGGGAGUGGGCUUGGGGAGCUGAGGGCGGGGG